AUGAAAACGUUCAAGGUCUACGUUGGGCAAACUGAGGACAACAUGAUUGAAGCCAUCAGUGGUGCCCUCAAGAACGAUCCCGAAAAGGAGACUUUCUCCAUCCGACACAGAAACAGUGCUGGCAUUUUCUUCCCUACUCGCUAUAUCAAGAUUGUGCCUAUCUCGUGCGUCUUGUCCAUCUUAUGGAGGUGUACGUCGACUGACCGCUAUCACGAGGCGUCUGUGCUCCGGCACGUCCUUAAACACCUACGCAAGCGGCGCUUCCUUACCCCUUUCGCCGACAUACUUUCGCGCUGUGGUAUUCAGCUCGAGCACCCGCGUGUGACAGACCUAUACGACAGUAUCGUGCUCCAGGGGAACUGGCCCCGCUCGGAAGAGCUCCUCCAGCGCCUCGCAUCCGAGGGCCUGCUUGAUGAACACCAGCGCGCUAGCCCUCUCCGUACAGAGUGGACGCGGCUACACGGCUUGGAUGCUGACGGCGACGCACCAUGCAGGCGAGGGGGACACGCGAUGUGUAUGGACGAGGAGAACGGGCUGAUCUACCUCUUCGGCGGAUGGGACGGCCAGCGCAACCUGGACGACUUCUGGGUAUACGACGUGCGUGCGGACGUAUGGCGUCUACUGAGCCUUGCAACUGGUCGCGAUCUGAAUGGCCCAGGCCCGCGCUCGUGCCACAAGAUGGCCUUUGACAGGAAAACGGGAUCGAUCUACGUCUUGGGACGGCUGCUCGAUAGCGAUGACGUCGAUCAGCCCGCGAUGAACAGUGGAAGCGUUAAUUCUCCUAGUGAUAGUUCAGGCGUGCCGGACAUACGCGCUGCUUCGGCAUCGCACACGGUCGAUAUCCCACGAGCAGGGAGCGUUACGCGACUCGUAUGGCCUUCCACCCCGUCUGAGUUCUAUCGAUACCAUACGCGCGGUCUUGAUGCGGGAAAGUGGGACUUGUUGACCAUGGACACCCAGCAGGUGUGUGGAGGACCGCCAUUGAUAUAUGAUCAUCAAAUGGUGGUAGAUUCCGAGGCGCAAGCCUUUUUGCAUACGACAUUCGCAAGGGGUCUUGGAAAGAGCUCAGGUCAGCGAUCCCCCAGCCUUCUCGUAAAACCAUGUACUAAAUAUACUGCAGAGUUCCUGGGGCAAUUCCCACUGUUUUCCAACGAUUCGGUGGGGCACUCAAUGUUACUGGAACCAUCGUCUCACACACUGAUCAUACUUGCCGGCCAGUACAGAGAGCAGUACGCGGCCGACAUGCAUGCGUAUCAUAUACCGACCGGCACAUUGACAGAACUCUUCUCGAGUGUCACUGCUUCAGGCGGACCGGAAGCAUGUUUCACGCAGCGCGCAGCUAUUGAUCCAGACCUCAAAGAGAUUUACGUCUUCUAUGGACUCAUACGCGAUAGUCCCGGUGUUACUGUGCUCGACCCUGCGUCAUCCGUGUGGGUAUAUCGUUACGACCGGCCAGACCGCCCGGGAAAAUGGAGCAACACCUCGCCGGCCGACACCUCUGGUGGGAAUUCUCCCCAUGGCGACCCAAUCAGCGCGGAGACACCACAGCCGCGCUACGCCCACCAGGUUGUCUACGAUCGACGCAGCAAGAUCGCAUAUAUGCACGGUGGAACCUCUGGGGUCGUGACCAAUGUAGCCAGGACCCCAAGUGAAUGGACAGGAGAUUGGCCAGUACAAGCAUUGGAGGGCCUAUGUGCCGUAACGGAGGUCCGGCUCGACGAUUUCUGGAAGUUGCAGUUGGAGCGGCCGGCCUUAUCGGAUAUUCUACGUCGUGGCCUAUUUGAACUACGGCGUCAACACUUCCGCGAGCUAUGCGAGGAUGCACCGCCUGUGAAGGCACUCACAUUCUUGCAGAGAGAAGUGUCGGCCGUUGUAGAUCACAGGAUUCAGGAAGAGGCACACGAUUUUCACUCUUUAUUGUCGCAUCUCCUGGCUGUGCCGCCAGGAACAUCGUCAGAAAAUAUGCCGAAUACCGAAGCACCUAGAGAAGAAUUGAUGGACGGGCCCCCCGCCUUGGUAUAUACGAUGGAAGUGGAUCCACAAGAAACGAGCAGAGGCGAUUCACCCUCUCCGGCCAGAUUCAAACAACGGACGGAGCUGUUCGAGAAAUUGCUUGUAUUCGUGAAUACGAGCGCAAAAGAGCCUGAGAAGGAUUUAUCGGAAUUAGUCAACACGGAUAGGGAGGAAUGA